UAAAAUUAUCUUCUCAUACAUCCUUCAUUGAAAUUAAGGUUUUCGCCGAAUCCUAAAACAAUGACAAGAAAAAAGGUCACGCUUGCAUGGAUAUCAGAUGAUAAUGCUAGAAAUGUUAGUCUUGAGAAAAGGAGGUUAGGGUUAAUGAAAAAGAUGAGUGAGUUGACCACUCUUUGUGGUAUUAGAGCUUGUCUUAUAAUCUAUAGCCCUAAUGAAAGUGAGCCGAUGGUGUGGCCAUCACACGCCGAGGUGCAACGACAACUCGAGGAGUACUGGAAGACGUUCGAGUUAGAUCGGUUGAAGAAGAUGGUAAACCAGGAAACCUACCUCAAAGAAAGGAUCACCAAAGCCAAAGAGCAGCUAAGGAAGCUACAAAGGAAGAACAAUGAAGUUGAAAUGGGCCAUUUGAUGCAUCAAAUUGAGCAAGGGAAAGGGAUUGAUGAGUACAAUAAUGGUGAACUUCAUAGGCUAAAAUGGUUGGUGGAGGAGAAGAUGGAUGAGAUACAAAAACGUAUUGAAUUCUUUCAUCAACUUCCUCAGGGAGACCCGACGGCUCAAACAGUUGGUGGCGGACACAAGCCAUUGAUGAUGAAUCAACGGUUUACCAAUAUGGUUAACAACAAUGAACACACAUUAGGUGAUAUUAUGGCUCAAGACCACCUAGGGCAGCUGCUAGGACAUAAUCUUGGUGGCGACUCCGACGUGGGGGUACCUUUAUAUGGAGAUUUAAGAGGAACCAUCACCGAUAUGGGGCAGCAACUGCUGGGUUUUAGGCCUUACGGCGAUGGUGCAACUGAAAUGGGGUUGCCUCAUGGGAGUACAAUCGGAAGCAACAAUAUAUCUGGUGCCUUUGGGAACGAUAUAGGGAUGGUAGGACACCCUUUCGAAUGCAUAGGGAGUAGUUACAAUGUGAGUGAGCAAGGGGUGGCUUGGCCACUUGGAGGUGACGGCGGAGACAACUGUGGCGGCACUAGCAAUGGUAUCGACAUGCAAUUUGAUGAACAAUCGUGGCCCAACAACUUUGCUGCAUGA